CUCUGGUAGUUUUACAAAAACUGUCCUUGCUCUUUCUGCAUUUGCCCAGUCAAGGGUAUCUUUGCCUGAGGUCAGAGUGAUGCUGUUGGUCCCGGUGAUAUGAUUGCAUAGCAACACAGAGCCGCUCGAGAGAGGGGAGGAGGAGGAGAAGGAGAAGGAGAAGGAGAGCAGUGAGGUGGGAGAGACGGAGGGAGAGUGUGCGUACAGCAGCUGUCGGCAUCCCUGUCUCAGGGACUUCUUUGCUGAUUCACAGAGGCAGCCCAGCCCCGGCCUCCCAGCUCCCAGUUGCCGCCUGCUCCUUAGACCUGACGGAAUCAGAAGGGAUGCUCACUCAGAGGAAACCCACUCUGUCGAAGUUACACCAUGAAACCACAUUCCUCUCUUACAAAGGAUUCUAAACACACGUCAGCAACUGAAACAGCGAAACAGCCGAUACGGGGACUGAAGCACAGUAAGAUCAGGGAGCUUGUCCAAACCUGUGCUGGUGUUUAUGCUCAAAGGUCGGUGCACUGCCCAUCCUCACCCCCCCAUGAGCCUUGGUUCUGAUGCAACCUAUGGUCAUGCAGGGAUGCCCUUACACCCUCCCACGAUGUCAUGAGUGGCAGGCAGCUGACCAGUUCCGUCACAGCAGCAGCCUCCGAAGCGCCUGCCCCCAGCCUCAGGUUAGAGCUGCUGCCACCACCCUUGCGCCUCCUCAGGAUGGUGCUGGGGUUUCCUGUCUAAGCCCAAAGCUGUUCAACGGGUCUGUUGGUGCCACUGGACCCCUGGAACCACCAGCCAUGAAUCUGUGUUGGAAUGAAAUCAAAAAGAAGUCUCACAACCUCCGUGCUCGCCUAGAGGCCUUCUCAGACCACAGUGGAAAGCUUCAGCUCCCUCUCCAAGAGAUUAUUGACUGGCUCAGCCAAAAGGAUGAGGAAUUAUCAGCUCAGCUGCCCCUACGAGGGGAUGUGGCCCUGGUACAACAGGAGAAGGAGACACACGCGGCCUUUAUGGAAGAUGUCAAGUCUCGGGGCCCCUAUAUCUACUCUGUACUGGAGUCAGCUCAGGCCUUCCUGUCCCAGCACCCAUUUGAGGAAUUAGAAGAGCCUCGUUCUGAGAGCAAAGAUACCUCUCCCAGACAGCGGAUCCAGAAUCUUAGCCGCUUUGUGUGGAAGCAAGCAACGGUGGCCAGUGAACUAUGGGAGAAGCUGACAGCCCGCUGCGUGGACCAGCACCGCCACAUUGAGCACACUCUGGAGCAGCUGUUGGAGAUCCAAGGGGCAAUGGAGGAAUUAAGCACUACUCUGACCCAGGCUGAGGGAGUCCGAGCCACUUGGGAGCCUAUUGGGGAUCUCUUCAUUGAUUCACUCCCUGAGCACAUCCAGGCUCUUAAGCUAUUCAAAGAAGAAUUCUCCCCCAUGAAAGAUGGAGUGAAGUUAGUGAAUGAUCUGGCCCAUCAACUUGCCAUUUCUGACGUGCACUUGUCAAUGGAGAAUUCCCGGGCCCUGGAGCAGAUCAAUAUCCGGUGGAAACAGCUACAGGUAUCAGUUGGCGAGAGGCUUAAGCAGCUCCAGGAUGCCCACCGGGACUUUGGGCCUGGGUCACAGCACUUCCUCUCCACCUCUGUCCAGGUUCCCUGGGAAAGAGCAAUUUCACCCAAUAAAGUUCCCUACUACAUCAACCACCAGGCUCAGACCACAUGCUGGGACCAUCCCAAGAUGACUGAGUUAUACCAAACCCUAGCUGAUCUGAACAACAUUAAGUUCUCGGCUUACCGCACUGCCAUGAAGCUACGCAGAGUCCAGAAGGCACUGCGCUUGGACCUGGUAACUUUAACCACAGCCCUGGAGAUCUUCAAUGAGCAUGAUCUGCAGGCCAGUGAGCAUGUGAUGGAUGUGGUGGAGGUCAUUCACUGCCUGACUGCCUUAUAUGAACGACUGGAGGAGGAAAGAGGCAUCCUGGUCAAUGUGCCACUCUGUGUGGACAUGAGCCUCAACUGGCUCCUCAAUGUUUUUGAUAGUGGUCGCAGUGGAAAGAUGCGGGCAUUGUCCUUUAAGACUGGCAUUGCAUGCCUGUGUGGCACAGAAGUGAAGGAAAAACUGCAGUACCUCUUCAGCCAAGUGGCCAACUCAGGCAGCCAAUGUGACCAACGCCACCUCGGUGUCCUGCUUCAUGAGGCUAUCCAGGUGCCCCGUCAGCUGGGAGAAGUGGCAGCCUUUGGAGGCAGCAAUGUGGAGCCCAGUGUCCGUAGUUGCUUCCGUUUUAGCACUGGGAAGCCAGUCAUUGAAGCUUCACAGUUCCUGGAGUGGGUCAACUUGGAGCCCCAAUCCAUGGUGUGGCUGGCUGUUCUGCAUCGGGUCACCAUUGCUGAGCAAGUAAAGCAUCAGACCAAGUGCUCUAUCUGUAGGCAGUGCCCCAUCAAGGGCUUCAGGUACCGGAGUCUGAAGCAAUUUAACGUGGACAUCUGCCAGACCUGCUUCUUGACAGGCAGAGCCAGCAAAGGCAACAAGCUGCACUACCCCAUCAUGGAGUAUUAUACCCCGACCACAUCCAGUGAGAACAUGAGGGACUUUGCCACAACCUUAAAGAACAAAUUCCGCUCAAAGCAUUAUUUCAGCAAACACCCUCAGCGAGGUUAUCUGCCUGUGCAAUCAGUGCUGGAGGCCGACUACAGUGAGACGCCAGCUUCUUCCCCGAUGUUGCCACACGCUGACACACACUCCCGCAUUGAGCAUUUUGCCAGCAGGCUUGCUGAGAUGGAAAGUCAAAAUUGCUCCUUCUUUAAUGACAGCCUGUCCCCAGAUGACAGCAUAGAUGAGGACCAGUACCUGCUGCGGCACUCCAGCCCCAUUACAGACCGAGAGCCAGCGUUUGGACAGCAGGCUCCAUGCAGGUUGGCCACAGAAAGCAAGGGGGAGCUAGAGAAGAUCCUGGCCCACUUAGAGGAUGAGAACCGGAUUCUCCAGGGAGAGCUGAGGCGCCUGAAGUGGCAGCAUGAGGAGGCUGCUGAGGCACCCACCCUGGCUGAGGGCUCUGCCGAGGUGGCACAGGACCACCGCAAUGAGGAGCUUCUGGCUGAGGCCCGGAUCCUUCGUCAGCACAAGAGCCGCCUGGAGACACGCAUGCAGAUCCUUGAAGACCACAACAAGCAACUAGAGUCCCAGCUGCAGCGCUUAAGGGAGCUGCUCCUGCAGCCACCCACCGAAUCAGAUGGCAAUGGCUCUGCAGACUCGUCUCUAGCUUCCUCUCCACAGCAGUCAGAAGGCAGUCACCCCCAGGAGAAAGGACAAACUACUCCAGAUACUGAGGCUGCAGAUGAUGUGGGGUCAAAGAGCCAAGAUGUCAGCCUGUGCUUGGAGGACAUCAUGGAGAAGCUCCGCCAUGCCUUCCCCAGUGUGCGAAGCUCUGAUGUGACUGCCAACACCCUGCUGGCCUCUUGAUGGAGCCAGUCCACGGUCCUCUUCCUGUACUGGUUACAGCUUCCCUCAGCCUUCGCCCAACCUUUCCAGUCCCCACUGGCCCCACAUUCCUCAGCCAGAGUUAUUUGGGCUACAGGCAGCAGCAGGGAUCUGGUGGUAUGUGAGGUGGGUGUGUGGGGGCCAGGAGAGGGAGAGGCGUGAUUCCUCUGACUCUAGAAAUGUGCCCUUUAAUCUUCAAGUUUGAGACCAGUCCCUUAAGUACGCUUCUGUUGCAGUCCAGUCAAAUGGCACUCAGCGGCCAUUCAGAUGGGGAGUAGAGAAGCUGCCUUGCAGAGCGAAGCAAUGCCCAUUGGCCCCUUUCCCUUCUCCAUGGAAUUAUGGAGAUUGGGAAGCCUAAUGACCCAAGGGUUCUAGCAUUAUGAAUCCACAGGAGUUAGCCCUACUCUCUGGCCCAACUCAGGGAGGCAAAAGGGUAUUUCGGAGACAACCCUCCCCAUCAAAGUGCCCCUGAAAAGGUCUGGGUAGUCUGCGUCAUAUAACUUCAGCUCAAAGGCAUCUCUAGCCAUCCUGAUGCUACCUAGAUGUUGUUUCCUCCUCGAAUAGCUUCAGUUCCUUCUGCCUCAGUCCCUGGCAGACCUUCCUCAAGAGGAGAACAGUUCAUUCUGGUUCCUACUUCUACCUUACAUUUGGAAACAUUAAAGAAAUACUUAUGGGUUUAGAUAUUUUUCCCUGAUCUUCCUCUUUCCUGAAGGCCUCAGCAUCCUGAGAGAUCAGCUGAGUUGCUCUGGGAACCCAGCUGAAGCCACCCUUGGCUCUUCUGAGUCGGCCCUCACAACCCUGGGGGAGGGGUGGCAGCUUGCUCAGCAAGGGGUGUCUUCCUCUCCUUGGGUAGGGAAGGGGAAUCACCCUCUAGUCUGGAGGAGUGUGACUGCCCAACACCCUUGCAGGCUGUGACCCUUCUUUCUUUUAGGCUGAAACCGAUGAAGUGGCUGAUUGCCCCCGGAUAAUCAUAAGGAAGAGGCAAUGGGCCACCCUGAAUAGCGGCCCCUUCCUAGGAGCCACUGGCCCCAAAUCAGGAAGCUGGCCACUUCCACUUAGACAACAGCAAGGCCUUCCUUUGUAUAAAAUUGUUCUUUCUAACUCUGGAAGGUGAGCCCAAUCGUCAAACUGAACUAACUCUUCUUAGGCAACAUAUAUCACGAUCUCUUUAUCCAGAAACUGUUCAGACUAGAUA